AUGGGCAGUAAAAACUACGGACGUUGCAUGAAAUUCUUUUGUACACAAGACAUCCACUUCGUGGCUGAGGUCCAGGUAUGGAAGGGUGCGCUAAAGGAUCCAGAAAGGCCCAUAACGUGUUCGUUAUCUUCCGGGGCGAAUCCAAUAGCGUCUCCGCGCUUCCCGCGUGAAUCCGCGCGCGCCGCCCACGCCCCGGCGCGCGGCGCGGCGCGGCCUCCGCCGCGCCCACGCCGUCCUGCGGGCGAGGGGCGGCAGGGGCGGGGCGGGGCCGGGGCGAAGGGGCGGGGGCGACGUCUUACGCCGCGGGGGAUGACCUCCAGGCGCGCUGGCUGCGGCCGCGCCUCUGACAUCAACUUCCGCGGACGCGUGCUGGCGGGCGGCGCGGGGCGGCGCGGGGCGGGGCGAGGCCGGGGUAGAGCAAAGAGGAGCGGAGCAUUUUUUUGUGUUUCAACUGACGCUGUGCCAGUGGGGAAGCUGCGCUGGGAAGCAGCUGCAGAUGUGAAUUGUGCAGCGCGGCGGGGGGGGGGACCAAAAACGCGCGCGCGAAUGUGGGGCAGCGGCGGCGACAACACGGCGCACAUGCGCCUGCGCCGGCGCUCCCUGCACCGGGCGGCUCCCCCGCCCAGAUACGGCAGCUACGACAUCUACCCGAACAACGCGCUCAACUACCCCGGACGAAACUGCAACGGCAGCUCCAACAACUGCAUCCCCAAGUGCUUCGCCGAGAAGGGUUCCCGGGGCCCGCCCGGCGUCCCGGGACUGGCCGGCCCGAAGGGUCAGCAGGGCUUCCCGGGCAUGGAAGGCCUGCCUGGACCGAAGGGCGACAAGGGCGACCCCGGCCCUCAGGGGCUGCGAGGACCGAAGGGCGACCGGGGCAAGAUGGGCAUGCCGGGCUUCCCGGGCAUCAACGGGGUGCCGGGCGUGCAGGGUCCGCCGGGCGCGUCGGGGCUGCCCGGGCUGGACGGCUGCAACGGCACGGACGGCGCGCCGGGCCGCGACGGCCGCCCCGGCGACCCGGGCCCCCGCGGCUUCCCGGGCACGCCGGGCGACAAAGGCGAGAAGGGCGAGCCGGCGCACGCGGGCCUCUACUCCAAGGGCCAGAAGGGCGAGCCGGGCCUCAACGGGCUGCAGGGCCCGCCGGGCAGCCCGGGGCCCGCGGGCAUCAGCGGCCUGCCCGGACACAAGGGUGACCGCGGCCCGCCGGGCAUCCGGGGCCCCGUCGGGCCCAAGGGCGAGCGAGGAGAGCCCGGCAUCGGCUACGUCGGAGAGAAGGGCAACAAGGGAGAGAAGGGCAACAUUGGGCCGCCGGGCGAUGCCGCCUGGGAGGUCAUCGAACCCAAGGGGUCCGUCGUCGGGCCCGCGGGCGAACCCGGCUACAAGGGCGAGAAGGGAGAAGUGGGCCCUGCGGGUCCCAAGGGCGACCUGGGGCUGCCGGGCGAGCACGGAGGGCCGGGCGAGCUGGGCAUGAAGGGCGAGAAGGGCCUGCCCGGCGCGCCGGGCCCUCGUGGCAGGGACGGCUUCCCGGGCCCCGCGGGACCCAUGGGCCAGAAGGGUGAUCGCGGCGUGGACGGACUGAAGGGCCUGGCAGGGCGACCGGGACAGAAGGGCGAGCCGGGCUACCCAGGCAACCCGGGCUCGCAGGGACUGCGCGGACCUCCAGGACCUCCAGGGGGCGGCAAAGGACGGCCGGGUCCCCCAGGCCCAGCAGGGCCGCGCGGCUUCCAGGGCCCGCCGGGCCCUAAGGGCUUGGACGGCUACCCCGGCGGGCCGGGCGAGCGGGGCCCCGCCGGGCCGAAGGGCGGGCCUGGCAUCCCAGGCGCGCCGGGCGCGGAGGGCUUCCCCGGCCCUAAGGGCGCUAAGGGCGAGCCCGGACUCACAGGGCCCCCGGGCCCGCGAGGCUUCCCCGGCGAGAAGGGCCUGUCCAUCACGGGCCCCAAGGGCAUGGACGGCGCCCCUGGCCGCGACGGCGAGAAGGGCCAGAAGGGCGAGCGCGGCUUCCCCGGCCAGCGCGGCUACCCCGGCGACUCCCCCACCGGCAUCCCGGGCCCCGAAGGGCCCCCGGGCCCCCGCGGCGAGAAGGGCAAGGACGGCGUGCCGGGCACCCCCGGCAUCCCGGGUGAGUACACACUCGUCCCAGAACACCCGCCUUCUCCAGCGUCUCCUCAGUUCCAAGACACGGAAACUGCUCCCACAUCCCCCAAGCGCUCGAGUGCCACCGAGGGAGAGCGAGAGCGAGAGCGAAGCGCGUGCGCAGGGUCGCCGGGCGAGAAGGGCGAGCGCGGCGGGCGCUGCCAGGACUGCCGGCCGGGGCAGCCGGGCGCCAAGGGCGACCGAGGGCUGGACGGCGACGCCAUCGUCAGCGGCAACCUCGUCAAGGGCGAGAAGGGCGCUCCGGGCGAGCGGGGGCUGCCGGGGCGCGAUGGGCCGCCCGGCCGCGAAGGGCCGCUAGGGCCGGCCGGCCGCCCGGGGCUGCCCGGCCUGCCUGGUCUGAAGGGCGAGCGAGGCGACGUGGGCUACCCAGGCUCGGACGGCGCGGCGGGCGCUCCCGGCCUGCCGGGCGCCAAGGGCGAGAAGGGCUUCAGCAUCCGAGGGGACAAGGGCGACCAAGGCACCGACGGCCUCACGGGCGACAAGGGCGAGCCCGGAGACAUGGGUGUCAAGGGCGAACCAGGACCCCGCGGCGAGAAGGGCGACCUGGGGCCCAUGGGCUUUCCUGGGCAGCCGGGUGACGUGGGGCCGCGCGGCCUCUCGGGACAGCCCGGACACAAAGGUGACAAGGGCGCGCCGGGCAUCUCGGCCGUGGGGCCGCCGGGGCCAGCGGGCUUGCCGGGUCUGCGGGGCGAGAAGGGGCUGCCUGGGCUGCCGGGCAAGACAGGACUGCCCGGGCUGGAAGGCGAGAAGGGCGAGCCGGGCCAGCGCGGGCUGGACGGGCUGCACGGCAACCCGGGCCAGAAGGGCGAGCCGGGCCCGCUGGGCCCCCCCGGCCCCCAGGGUCAGGCGGGGCUGCCAGGCGUGGACGGGCCCAAGGGCGAGCCAGGGCUGGUGGGCGAGCCGGGCCGCAUGGGGCUCACGGGCUUCCCGGGCGCCAAGGGCGAGCGGCCCAAGGGCUUCCCUGGCCUGCCGGGACCACAGGGCGAGCCGGGCAUCCCCGGGCCCACAGGCCUCGUGGGGGCCAAGGGCGAGAGGGGCUUCCCCGGCCCUCCGGGGCCUUUGGGUCCUGAAGGGCGCCCGGGACUGAAAGGAGAUCAAGGCGCGGCUGGACUUCCUGGACGAAGAGGAGAACCUGGACGAGCAUCGGAAAAGGGCCAGAAGGGAGAAGCCGGCUUGGUGGGCCUGCCUGGGAUCCCGGGCAGACCCGGCAUGGACGGGCUGCCAGGGCAGAAGGGCGAGCCGGGCAUCGACGCGAUUGGGCGGCCGGGGAUCAGGGGAGACAAGGGCGAGCCGGGGCCGGCAGGCGUGCCCGGCAUCGAAGGGCCCAAGGGCCAGUGGGGCGCGCCCGGCGCUCCGGGCUUCCCUGGGCCGAAGGGCAACCAAGGACUGCCAGGGCCUCAUGGAACGCCAGGUUUACCAGGCAUGGAAGGGUUGCCAGGCGCCAAGGGUGAACCAGGGCUGCCGGGUCCCACAGGCUUCCCAGGAGCGAAGGGAGAACCGGGACUGAAGGGACGCGACGGACUGGAUGGACCGAAGGGUGACACGGGACCUCAAGGGCCUGGAGAGAAGGGCGACCGGGGCCCACCCGGCCCCUCGGUCAGCAUCAAGGGUGACAAGGGAGAGCCUGGCUUCCCUGGCGUACAGGGAGCCCCGGGCUUGAGGGGCAAUGCAGGACCUAAUGGCAUCCCAGGUCUUGAAGGGCAAAAGGGCAACCCUGGCAUUCCAGGCCCACCAGGACUCCCAGGACUUGUUGGAACUCCAGGACCAAGAGGUCUGCCAGGUCCAACAGGUUUCCCAGGAGAGCCGGGAAUCACAGUCAAGGGAGAAAAGGGCUUGCCUGGUUUGCCUGGGAAACAGGGUCGAGAUGGAGUGCACGGAGCGCAAGGACAGAAAGGUGACCGAGGGCUGCCGGGGCUGCCUGGCUUGCAAGGCGUGCCGGGCCUGGCGGGCCCCGUGGGUCCGUUCGGCCCCAAGGGAGAGCCUGGCCCGCCGGGGCCAGUCGGCCCCCCGGGCCGGGACGGCAAUCCGGGCACCCCAGGGCCUGUGGGGCAGCCAGGAGACCGGGGCCUGCCGGGCAUCCCGGGCCAGCCCGGGCUGCAGGGCCUGACCGGCGAAAAGGGCGCGAGGGGCUUCGACGGCCGCGACGGCGCGCCGGGGCCCAUCGGCCCCAAGGGCAACAAGGGCGACGCGGGGCUCUCCCCGCCGCCGGGGCCCAAGGGCGAGCGAGGGCUGCCGGGGCCCCGAGGGCGGCCGGGCACGCCCGGGCCGCCCGGGGUGGACGGGGUGCCGGGGCUGCCCGGCUCCAAGGGAGAGCCCGGCCUGCCAGGGCCCGACGGGGCCGGCUUGCGAGGAGACCAAGGGCCGAAGGGCGAGCCCGGCCUCCCGUGCGUGGACCAGCCUGACUACCUGACGGGCAUUCUGCUAGUUAAGCACAGCCAGAGCAUCACCAUCCCACAAUGCGAACCAGGCCACGUGAAACUUUGGGACGGCUUCUCACUGCUAUACAUCGAAGGAAAUGAAAAAGCACAUCAUCAAGAUUUAGGUUUUGCUGGUUCUUGCGUGCGGAGGUUUAGCACAAUGCCAUUCCUCUUCUGCGACUUCAAUAAUGUCUGUAAUUAUGCAAGUCGCAAUGAUAAGUCUUAUUGGCUGUCAACUAAUGAAGCCAUUCCCAUGAUGCCUGUGGCUGCCAAUGAAAUCAGGCCAUUCAUUUCCAGAUGUGUUGUUUGUGAAGCACCAGCAAAUGUCAUAGCAGUACACAGUCAAACUCUCGGAGUUCCUGACUGUCCCAAUGGUUGGUCAGGCCUUUGGAUAGGCUACAGUUUUGUUAUGCACACAGCCGCAGGUGCAGAAGGAGGAGGGCAGUCACUGGCCAGUCCAGGGUCCUGUCUCGAGGACUUCCGAGCCACACCUUUCAUCGAAUGCAACGGUGCUCGUGGCACAUGCCACUACUUCGCCAACAAAUUCAGCUUCUGGUUAGCAACAAUAGAAGAAAAUGAUCAGUUCCGGAACCCUGAGAGCCAGACGCUCAAAUCGGGCAACUUGCGAUCACGCGUCAGUCGCUGUCAAGUGUGCAUCAAGAACACGUAGUGUGUGAUGCAACAGCAGCAAAGCUCUCAGACAUUCCGGGGCAAGUCCCCCCCACUGCCAAGCUGAUUGUGUUCAUUCUUUCCUCAAUCAAAAACUGUGCUGCCAUUGUGAGGAGUUCCUUCGUCAGCUUUUUCAUACCUGCUUCUUUCUCGCGCUCGGGAGCUACUACAGUGGUAGCAUGUCUUGAGCAAUGAUUCUACAUCUUACAAUGCACCUGACAGUUCACUUGUACGUCGGUGGCUUCCCACUACUUCUUGACAUUGACCAUGUGACUGUCUCCAUUACAUAAAUGCAUAAAAGUCGCAGACGCAAAGUGUAUUGGUGCUAUAUUCCUUUUACUUAAGUGUGUAAAAUAAUUUUAAUUGUAAAUGAAAGGGACUGACACUUUAACUAUUUUUUUAACCAUUUAAUUAUGUGGAUCACAAAAUAAAAUUUGUAAUUUUAUACGAUUGUACCAGUGGUGCGCCUAAUGUUGGGUUUUUAGAAAACAGAGCUAAGGCAAUAUGCUUAAAUGUUUCAUUGACCUGUUACUACUUUAUUACACCACAAAUUAAUGUGCAGGCUAGUCACCUACUUAGUAAAAGUCAGGACCAUUGAACAUACCAGAGGGUCCUUGACUUGUGAGUGUCCAACAUAAGUUGCCCACUGCAUUCCAGCAUCGAUUCCUUGUAAAAUCUUUAGAUAUUUUGAGAUUAUGUACCAUUAGAAUAAGAAAGGAGUUUGGUAUUUUUUCGAGUUUCUACCCCAUUCUAUAAUAAUAAAUGUAAAUUUUUGUGACCAAGAGGAGCGGAAGAGAAUGCUGAGUGCCAUAUUAAUUUAAUGCAGUGUUGUUGGAUGCAAGUCACGCCUCUCCUCUCCUGCCACUCUCUUUCACCCAAAUAAACACUGCCAUUGUAGAAAACAGGUGAUGAUAUUGUCUAAUAAAUUGGAAUACUGUUAAAUUGCUUGUUUGGGUUACACUAACUUCUUUACAUUUGUGCUAUUUUUAUGAUUCCAUACAUAGUUAACUGUCUUUGCUCCUUUUCCUUCAAUGUACUUUAAAGAAACACACAAGGACUCCAUUUCCUUUAAAAAAAAUCAAUUAGUAUAAAAGACUGAAAGGUCUUUCUCAAUAAGUUACCAGGAGUGGAUGUUUAUCUGGAAUGCAAAAUGACAAGAGAUAUUUAAAAAUGCAACAAAAAAUAACUUUUAUUUCAUAACAUGAUUAAUAGCCACAACUCACAUACAUCAAGGGGCAAAAUUUUUAUGCUUCCUGAUUCAAUAAAUUAAUUCAUUUAUUACUCUUUAUUGCAAUUAUGAAAAUAUAUCAUUCAAUGAUGUAACUGUUAAAUAGCGAGUAAAUCAAUAUUACUGUAGUAAUUAUAAAUAUAUACACAUUAGAUACAUUUAUGUUUUUAAUUAAAAUACAAGUUUUUUUUUCAAUAUUGCCAUGUGCGUAACACUAUAACUGUUAUGAUAAAGCAGAGGUGUAGACCUCGCACAACCCUUGGAUGCCAACAACUGUCACUGGCACAAAGCCUGAGAAUAGGUGGUUUUUGCACAACCUAUUAAUAUGCACAAAAUUCAGACUCUGCAAGUCUGAGAUCAACUAGCAAUUUACUUUUUCACUAGCAAUUUACAAAACUUACUAAUCUAUACACAUUUUAUAGGAAUUGAUUCACUUUACACUGAUGCCAUACAUUUCUUAUGCAAAAAUGAGCAGGUUACAGAUGAGAAAAUUUUCAUAAAAAUAUAUUUGGUCCCCAGUGAUAGAAAAAAAUGAAAAAUCAUCAACAGCCAAUCAAUAAUUCCUUUCAACUGACCAUAUGAUUUUCUGAGGACACAUUAAUGCAGAAUUAAACUCACUCAAAGUUUAACACUAGCACAUGUCAACAAUACGAAUGUUAGCACUAUAACAAGAAUUGAUAUUUUAGUAUUUCUAUUAGAAAUCUUCUGAAAGAAAAUAAAGCAUUUUACAUGUUAAGAAAUUACCAAAAAAUCAUUAGUAAUUUACUCUUCAUCAACUGCCAUAUGACAUGCUAAAUGUUCAGUGCUUUCUACUUUUUUUAAAGAAUCACUAAAUAUAAAAUGUAUCACGAGAUUCAAUGGACGAUGCACAUAAUUCUGUUAACAAGCUUAGUUUGAAUAAUA